GCACGGCCAGCAGGGCUGCCAGCAUCGCCGCUCCAGACCUCGCCUGCCUGCGAAAGGAGACGCAGCCGCAGAGAAUCCCUUUAGAUGCGGGACCGGACCGUGGCAGCCCCCCACUGCCUCCAGCCCAAACUGCGUAACUCAGCAGAGCAACCGAGCAAAGUCCGCGCUGGUUCCCGUGCAGCCGAGCGAUGCUGAGAGCCAGGAUCCAGCCCAGCCCGCAGCAACCACCGCCCGCCCCGCAGCUCCCGGCCCCUUCGUGCUGAUGUCACGGCGCGGGGGCACGCAGCCUCCCUCCCGCGAGCAGAAGGAACGAGCGCUGGGGCCGACGCCGUUUCCUGAUCCUCCUCUCGCUCUUCCCUAAAGAGCUCAGCGCUUUCGGCCCCGGCGGACGAUGCCCCAGCAGGGCCCAUCCAAGGGCGCCAGCAAGAAGGUGGAUCUGAAGAUAAUUAUCAUAGGAGCUCUGGGCGUGGGCAAAACCUCCCUCCUGCACCAGUACGUGCACAAGACGUUUUACGAAGAUUACCGCACCACGCUGGGCGCCAGCAUCCUGACCAAGGUCGUGGCGGUGGACGAAACCCCCCUGAAGCUGCAGAUCUGGGACACGGGGGGACAGGAGCGAUUCCGGUCCAUGGUGUCGACCUUCUACAAGGGCUCCGACGGCUGCAUGCUGGCCUUUGAUGUGACGGACAGGGAAUCCUUCGAGUCCCUGGACAACUGGAGAGAUGAUUUCCUAGAGAAGGUCAUCCCCAGGGAUCACGACUUCCCCAUGGUCGUGCUGGGGAACAAAAUAGACCUCUGUGACCGGCAGGUGUCCAAAGAGAUUGCCUCCGCCUGGUGCAAGGAGAAAGACAUCCCUUACUUCGAAGUCAGCGCCAAGAACAACAUCAACGUGGCGCAAGCUUUCGAGACGCUCGCCAAGCAAGCCCUGACCACGUAUAAAGGGAUUUACGAGAGUUAUUUGACCGACUCCAUCAAGCUCACUCCUGAAGACAAGCCCACCAAGAAAUGCUGCUGAGCCCGGCACCGGAGCUAUGCUGUGCUCUGCACACGUGGCCAAGCGUCCCACGCGCCCUGGGGCUGUGAUGCCAAAUGGCCGGAGCCUGCCCAGGGAUCCAUGUCCCCCAGCCACACCAGGGCUCUGCCAGGACAGGGUAUGGUGUAGCUGGUGAUGUGCCCAGGCUGGGCUGUGCACCCGGGUCCUGCUGCUUGGAUCCGCUCUCCCAAAUCAGCCACCGAGUCACAGUGACCCUUGGUGACCUCUGUUCUCCAUCCACGGCCACCUGGCACCCGAGCAGGGGUGUCCCUGCGGUGACAGUGACCCUACAGUAACGGUGCCAGGAAGCUGGGCAGUGCCCCUGGGGCAUGGGACUUCCUCCAGAGCAUCGCUGGGUGACCGCAGCCUUCGCCGUGCACAGACCCACAGCACCCACGGGUGCUCCUGGGGGAGGAGUGGGGCCGCUGGGUGGGACACAGCUCUGAGAACACUGCGUUCCCCCCCGGGCUCAGCUGCUGCACCCAUCACCGCAUUGUGCCUCAGUUUCCCCCGCUCACACACACCCCCUGUAAAAUGUCUUCCGUUUCCCACCUUGCUGGUGAGGAUGCUCUGUAAUGCACUUUGUCAGGGAUUACCUUUUUUUUUUUUUUCCGACGAACAAUUAAAUAUUUCCUUUUUAUU